UUUAGUAGAAAACAGAUCCCUCUCGGUGUGAAACCAUUAUCUUCACGGUCGUCCUUCUAUCUGCAACAAUUAACCGCUUCAUCAAACGUGUUAGACAUUCGUAAAAACACAGCGGAUCAUCUUCAUCACAGAUUAACAAAGUUAAAUAUAUUCCGAAAUCGAAGAAGUUAAAGAAAAGAUCAGUUUACGGAUCGGACGUUCAGCUCGGCGGAGGGAUAUCAGCGGUGGUAGAAGAGGAAGCAGGCUCCGCUCUUUUAUUUCCUUUUAUAAUUCAAUACGUGCUCGGAUUAUUUUCUCUCAGCUCUGUAGUCUUUAUUUAGAUGGCAAGCUUCCCAGAAUCUGUACACGAAAAUGAUAUAGGUAAGGCUAAGUUCAUCGGUGAACUCCUCGUACCUGUUGCUCCCUUUGACCAGAAGUCCGGGCGCGAGGCUUGGACUGUCGCCUUUGCACCUAAUGGCUCCUACUUGGCGUGGUCUCAGGGGCAUCGCAUUGUGAGGCUUAUUCCCUGGACACAAUGCCUGAAGAACUUCUCACUGGGUCACAGUGGGGAGGUCACCGAUGCUUCCAGCCUCGAACAUCUCUCCCGUCGGGGCAGCGAUGGAGGACAGGUCGUCCCAGUGGGCGGAGAGCCCCGUGAACACACCAUCGACUGCGGUGACACCGUGUGGGGAAUGGCGUUCGGCUCGUCCGUGCCAGAGAAGCAGAGCCGCUGUGUGAACAUCGAGUGGCACCGCUUCAAGUUCGGCCAAGACCAGCUGCUGCUCGCAACGGGCCUCAACAACGGACGCAUCAAGAUCUGGGAUGUAUACACUGGAAAACUGUUGCUGAAUCUGAUGGACCACACUGAUGUGGUGCGGGACUUGACUUUUGCCCCCGACGGCAGCCUCAUGCUGGUCUCUGCAUCCCGAGAUAAAACCCUGAGAGUGUGGGACCUCAAGGACGAUGGGAACAUGGUGAAGGUUCUGCGCGGGCAUCAGAACUGGGUGUACUGCACGGCCUUCUCACCAAACUCCUCCAUCCUAUGCUCCGUCGGCGCAGGAAAAGCAGUGUUCCUAUGGAACAUGGAUCAGUACGCGUUGAUCCGGAAGCUGGAGGGCCACCACCAUGACGUAGUGUCAUGUGACUUCUCACCAGAUGGGGCGCUGUUAGCGACCGCCUCUUAUGACACGCGGGUCAUCCUGUGGGACCACGACAAGGGCACCAACCUGCUGGAGCUGGGACACCUCUUCCCUCCUCCAUCUCCCAUCUUCGCUGGAGGAUCAAACGACCGCUGGGUUCGCUCUGUGAGCUUCUGCCCCGAUGGACGUCACAUCGCCAGCAUCACAGACGACAGGUUGGUUCGUUUCUGGAGCAUCGAGGAGAGAGCUCCUCAGGCCAUCGCCUCGCUGUCCAACGGCCUCUGCUGUGCCUUCUCUGCUGAAGGAAAUGUCCUAGCUGCUGGAACUCGUGACGGCAGCAUGCACUUCUGGGAGAGCCCUCUUAGUGUCUCCAGUCUGCAGCACAUGUGCAGGAUGGCGCUGCGUCGGGUGAUGACCACGCAGCAGGUGGAGACCCUCGCCAUCCCCACACCUCUCCGAGACUACCUGACCUACAAAGUCAUCUAAACCUGCAUCCCCCAGAACCGGAACCAGAACCGCCCACCUGCAGCAGCAGGAAACUGGAAAUGAACCCUUACAAAACAGUUUUCAUGAAACUUUCAGGACAGGAGAGAAGUUACACAAAUCCCCCCAACCCCCCCAACCCCACCUGCUCACAGCUGGACAUUGUUUUGUACAUAUUUAUUUUUUAUACAGGAAGUGCUUUAGUAAACAUGUGCUGGGGUCAGCACACAAUCAAACCUAUGUGGUCAACCCCCCCUCCGUCAUAUCAGUGUGAUGCCUGUGUUCGACUGUUUAACCGUCUCCUGCUCACGGGGCUCUCUCACCACGUCAGGUGUGUCCAGGUGGGCGAGCUAAAGGGAAGAGUCUCAUGUCUGCUCUGUGGACGUUACAACCCCGACAUUUCUUUAGAAAGAAGACAAUGUCACAAUAUUUAUCUACUCUCUGUUUGUAGGAAAAUCAUCGACCGAUGCACAAACAUGCCUUAAACAAAGAUCAUCUAUUCAAACACUGAUGCAUGAAUCCUCUGCAGUGUGAGACGCAGGCAGAGGUCAUUCAGAGGCGGUUCUCAGAGACGAGUCCGAGUCAGUGACGAGUGUUAGAAAGACGCUUGCAUGAUAAGGAUUCAGAUCAGUGUCUCUUUGAUUGGUGAUGAGUUCUACAUCACUGUAUGACACACACAAACAGUUAGUUAGUUAGUUAAAACGCUGCUGUGACCAAACUUUUUAUUUUUGCUUUAAAACUCCCCAAAGAUUAUUUUAAACCUUAAACCUGUUUUUACAUGUCAUCAAAAAUUACACCUGAGUGCUCGUCUUCUCUCAUUUCUAUUAGAAACAUGGAGGAGAGUAGCACCACAUGCUACAAGCAGACGGAUGAUGCAUACCCAGCAUGUCCCUGUUAACGUACCACAAAUAAAAACAACAGAAUAUGAUUACCUUCAUGAUCACCAGAUAUCACACACGAUCACCUGAAAGGCUGCUGAUGUUUUCACUCACAGACCAAACUGCCCUGCCCACCUCAGAGCUCCACCCCCCAACUUCAGCCCACCUCAAACAUGUUGCAGAGUGAAGACAAAAAUGGCAAACGUGCUGUUUGGUCUCUGUGUGCACGUGUGAGUGUGCACAUCUGACAGUGGUUGAGUAUGUGUGUUUACGUGUACGUGCGUGUGAGUGCCCUGUGGGGCAGAAGAAGCCUUUGACACCCGAGUGUCGUUUGAUCACUUCUCACCUCUGCCGCUAGCCUUCUUUAUUUGAACUUGUACAGAAACCAGUCAACAGUCUCGUGUGACAUGUAUAUGCGUGUGUGUGUGUAUAUAUAUAAAAAUGUAACAUGUGUAUAAACAUAUGGAGGGUUUCAAACCUUAUUUUUUCCACUUCAUUUUCUCUUCUUAAUGUUCCUUUUAAUGUGAAAGCGUCCACAUGUCUCACCGCUCAGAGUAAGACGUGUGUCUGACCCUCUGAAGCCAAUCACACGUGUUUGAAUGUUUCAAAAUGGUUUUUAGAUUUCAGUUUGUGGUGAGGACAUGUGAAAGUUAGAGCAGCCGUGUUCUGGACGGCUUCCCGACUGUCUGUGCUGAAGCCAAAGGUUUUCUCUGUCUGCCAGAGCUUGGCUGGCUUUCAAACGUUCUUGUUGACUCAUGGAAGACGUGUCUCUCGUUAGUGAACCUUAUCCGGGGUUUGCAGAACACAUUGGUCAGCCGCGUGAUGAGAAACACUCGCCACAUGAAGCUUUAAAAAUAUGUUAAAAGUAAGGCUGUCACCAUGAAUAACCUGCUGCUACAUCUUUGAAUGUUUCACUUUAACAAACUCUCAGACAGCUCAGCUGAUGAGCCCAAAGUCAUAUCCAUGUUAUGACAUCACACAUUGACCUUUGUUACCGUUCCUUUGAGCUGGUUGACAUCACUUUUGGAUCCCUAACCACUUCCUGUUUCUGGGCUUAACUUUAUUGCCGCGUUCCAUUUGCCUCGGCUCUCGGAACUGGGAAUGACGUCACACCCGAGUAAACUGCGUUCAAGUUGCAAGUCGGAAAAGCAACAUGGCCGCCUCCAGGAGUACCUUUGUUUUGUUAGCUAACACCAGAUGAUAACACUGCGUGAUAGUUUAAUGUAAACACCUCCACAGAGAGAACUUGCACGAAACCAUCGGUCUGAUUGAUUUAAUUACACAAAAUAAAAGCCUGACAACUUUUAUUUUGAAAUGUGAAAUAAUGGAAUUCAAAUGAUGCGAUUCAUCGUGAUUUAAUCGUUGACAGCUCUACUUUUGAAUGUAUAAAGUUUCUAUAGUUCUCUUGUCUCUGAAUGUGUGUGAGUGUGUUUGUAGUUUGAAAUAAAGAUUUUUUUUAAGUAAAA